GUGUAAAGGUAUCUUCUUCUUGUGAAGUAAUAAUUCUAGCCUUUUUGAGUGACCAUUUUGGGACUAAUCUAACGCAAAAAACAUGAACGUGAUAAUCGUGCUUAUGAUCGUGGUGGCAUUGUGUGCGGCCGCGCCACAAUACUACAUUCACCAGGAAUUGGUGUAUCAACAUCCGGCGAAUAUACUGAAUUCGGCGAUAGAAGACACCCUGCCGAACGAGUUGCGAAACAACUUCUACAAAAACCCACGAAUCGCCGCAAGACUCGCGAAGGAAUCGUGGAUUUCCAAUAAGGAGAUGCAGGUGACCGAUCGUGAUACGGAUAGAAUUCCGCGGGAAAAGGUAUACAAUGUUCUUCACAAUGCAGGAUUCAUUCGGAAAUAA